GAUAUUUUAACCCAAUAGAAAAAGAAAGCUAACAGAGCAAUAGCCUAAGAAAGAAAAAGGCAGAGGAAAGGAAAUAGCGAUUCCUUCAUUCAUUCAUAGAAACACAAACUAAAGGGGGCGUUGGUUUCAAGAAAAAUCAAGAUCAAGGACCAAAGGGAAAGAUGCAGACCGACCAGAAUCCACCGCAGCAACUUCAAACAAUGUUAGAGAAUUCUGGAAAUUUGAGUUUCAGUAGUAAAGAAGACGAUGAGAUGUCCAAAUCGGCGCUUGCUGCUUUUAGGGAAAAGGAAGAAGAGAUCGAUCGCAUGAGGACUGAGCUUCACAACAAACUUCAAGUUCGUCUCGGCCGUGUUCAGGAAGAAUCCAGGCGUUUGUCUUCACUUCGAGAGGAACUUGAAGCCAUAGGAGGAGAUCCAAUGAGGAAGGAAAUUGGACAAAUUCGUAAGAAAAUUGAUGCCCUAAACAAGGAAUUGAAGCCUCUUGGAGUAACGUGCCAAAAGAAGGAGAAAGAGUACAAAGAUGCCCUUGAUUCUUUUAAUGAAAAGAACAACGAAAAAGUACAGUUAAUAUCAAAACUAAUGGAGAUGGUUGGUGAAAGUGAAAAGCUGAGGCUAAAGAGGUUGGAAGAAUUGAGUAAGCAUGUGGAUAACACUUCCUAAUUCAAUUACUAAAUUCAAUCAAUGAAUCAGUUUCUAUUAGUUUCCUUUGGGGUUUUUAUGUUGUUUUCUUUUUUCUUAAAAAUGUUUGUAUUGGGUGUUUGAAAUUUAACCAGGGUCUGUCAUAUGUUUUUUUAUUUCAUUUUGGUUUAAAUUUACUUUCACUAAACAUUCUUAUUUUAGGAUCAUAUUUAUAUAUGUGUAUGUAGUGCUCUUAACCUUACAAAUAUAUCUUGUAUCUAAACUUUUCACAAUUAGAAGUCUAUUACUUAGAAGCUCA